CCUACGUACCGGGGCGGGCGGCGCGCGGCGGCAUGGUGGGCAUGGGCUUGGGGAGCGCCGCGGCCGCCGACCUGGUCCUGAAGGCGGCGUGCGAGCGCUGCGGCGCCGCGAAGGACCUCUACGGCACGUCGUGCCGGCACACCACCCUCUGCACCGACUGCGGCAGGGCCGUGGCGCGGGCCCGCGGGCGCUGCGCCGUCUGCGCCGCCCCCGUCACCAGGCUCAUCCGGGAGUACGAUGUUCGGUUGGAUACCUCCGCGGAGAAGGCCAGCUUCAUCGGCAGGUUCUCCACCGGCUUGCCGCCCUUGUCGAAGAGGAGUAGCGGCGGGAACAGGUGGUCUCUUCGCAAGGAGGUCCCGCAAGGACGGCAGCUUACCGGGAAUAUGCGGGAGAAGUACUACAGCAGGAGGCCAUGGAUUUUGGAGGAUGAGACAGGUGAACAUCAGUAUCAAGGCCAAACUGAGGACCCACAGGCUACAUACUACUCGCUGACGCUCAAAGGCAAGGAUAUCACUGCUGUUCCAGUUGGUUCCUGGUACAACUUCGGUAAAGUUGCACAGUACAAACAGCUGACCUUGGAAGAAGCUGAAGAGAAAAUGAAUAAAAGGAGAAGUAGUGCAUCUGGGUGUGAACAGAGGCUGAUAAAGGUAGCUAUAAAUGGAGCUUCUGCCUUUAGUUCAGGUGUGAAGAAGCUUGAGGAUGUAAAUGAAGGGGCAACAAAUGGGGUUCACCCCAAGAAAGGAGAUAGGAAUGAGAAUGGGAAUCAAUCUGUCAAAGUUGAGGAGGACGAAGAAGGGAAAGCUGCAAGGAAAAACAGUCAUGGGCUUACUACGAAGGGCAUGGACGAGGAUGACGAGGAAGGCGGGAAGGACAAGGACUUCGAUUUGGAUGAUGAAAUUGAGAAAGGUGACCAUUGGGAGCACGAAGAGACCUUCACUGAUGAUGAUGAGACUCUGGACAUCGAUAUAGAGGAAAGACCUGACUUAGCUGAUCCUGAGGCUGCUCCUCCUGAAAUUAAGCAGGAUGAUAAUGAGACUGAAUUAGGCAGCAGCAGCAGCAACUUGAGCAAGUCUGGUCAGGAGCUUAAAAAGCUGCUCCGCCAAGCUGCUGGGGAAGAGUCUGACACUGAUGACAAAAACACAGACGAAGACGAGCCACCAUCGCCAGAAUGUGCUCCAAAACAACUGCUUGAACCCAAAAGUGAACCAGUGGAUAGCAACCCUAGUAAACUAACGCCAUCAGCGCAAGCUCAGAACCCUACACCUCCAUCUAAAUCCACUCAAAAAAGGAGAUCAGGGGGUGGUGAUGCAAAUACUUCUAAUGGUGCAGCCUCCAAAAAGAUAAAGACAGAACCUGAAACCCGAACGAUGUCUGUCAAGGACGAAACUCCAUCUUCUUUGGAGCCAACUUCAGAAGCAUCUCUUCCAGCAAGAAUGACAGAAUUAUCACCUGUUACAGAGGAGGAAGUCAGGACAGUGCUUCGUGCAAUUGCACCUGUCUCAUCCCAAGAUCUGGUGUCAAGGUUCAGAUCUCGUGUACUAACUCAAGAGGACAAGAAAGCAUUUCUUAACAUUGUGAAGAAGAUCUCUCACAUGUAUAAGAACAACGGCCGUAGCUACAUCGUUCUUCGGCAGGAACACAAGUGAACAGACAACUUACCCCACCUGUAUAUGGCCAUAGUGUCAUGCCAUUCUUUCAUAGUAGCCAUCUGAAUACUGUAUAUUGUUCUGAAAAUGCAGAAUACAACAGUGUAACAGAUCCGUUUGUGCCUCGAUGCAACAAAAUAGAUCAUUUUUUUGCUCUUA